CAUUGCCAUGCGUGACGUCACAGCCCGAAGGAGAAGCGAGGAGUGAAAUGGAUGGAGCAAAGCAACAGAGGCGAAUCUYAAGAAUUUGAACCAAAAUGUGCCGAAAAAAACCUUAGAUUUGUAGUUUUGAAUCUCCAGAUACCAUAAACCAAUAUCUACAGGUUUUCCUGUGGAAUGGUUUGGCUGUCUCUUUUCUACAAGGGUGAGAAUACGGUACAAUUCUGCAUGAUUUUGGCAUCAAAACAAGAACGAUGCGUGUACGAAUUGACUUCUGCUGGACAACGAUUUGGCUUUUCUUAAUGUGUUUAUUGGACUUAAGUUAUGAACAAAAUGUCCCCAAGAGAAAGGCAUUUCAUAGGAUUCCUCUUCUCCGAACUAAGAGAGAUCUACGUGAUUCAAAUGGUGUGCCGAUGGAGAACUUAAAGGGUCGGCCGGGGCAAGGAUAUUACAUUGCUACUAAUUUAGGAAAACCGCCACAACGGAUUAAUGUUCUUGUUGAUACAGGAAGUAGUAACUUUGCUGUGGCAGCUUCACCUCACCCCUAUGUUCCGUAUUAUUUUCAUAUUGAAAAAUCAACCACAUACAAGGAUCUAAACACAGUAGUUUCUGUUCCAUAUACUCAAGGCAACUGGGAAGGAGAGCUGGGCUCUGAUCUCUUGAAUUUCAUAGAAGGUCCUAAUGCUACGGUCAGAGUAGAUGUUGCUAGUAUUUUGUCGUCAGAGAACUUUUUUAUCAAUGGCUCCAUGUGGGAGGGGAUUCUUGGGCUUGGCUAUGCUAGAUUGGCAAAGCCUGAUUCUAGYGUUGUUCCAGUAUUUGACCAGUUUGUAAGGGAAAAAGCUGUACAAAAGGACUCCUUUUCAAUGCAGCUGUGUGGUAGCAGUGAAAUAGAGCCCUCAGCCGAACCAACUGUAGCUGGCACUAUGGUAUUUGGUGACAUAGAUGAUGAACUUUAUAAGGGUGAUCUUUUAUACACUCCAAUCGUCAAGAAAUGGUAUUAUGAAGUAGUUAUAACAGAUAUCGCUGUAGAUGGAGAAAGCCUUGCCUUAGACUGUAAGAAGUACAAUUAUGACAAGACUAUCGUAGAUAGUGGAACGACAAACCUAAGAGUUUCUGAGCAAGUGUUUAAUUCUAUUUUGGACAGACUAAGAAAGUUUGACAGGCUUGGCGUUCCGGAUGACUUUUGGUAUGGUAGACAAAUGAUGUGCUGGAAUUAUGACAAGACGCCGUGGGAAGAGUUCCCUGAUAUGUCUMUAUCUCUUUUAUCAUCUAUUGGUGCGUCAAAAGAGUUCCGACUAAAAAUACCUCCACAGCUCUACCUAAGAGAAACCAUUGAACAUGGACCACUUUUGGGUCAACAUUGCUAUAAAUUUGCCAUCACAAAGGCUGAAAAAGGUACUGUGAUUGGUGCAGUAAUAAUGGAAGGCUUUUACGUAGUGUUUGAUAGAGAGAAUGUUCAAGUUGGGUUUGCAGCAACCACUUGUGGAGCUGAAGGUAGAUUGAAYCCGAGGUCAGAAGUUUCUGGUCCCUUUAGCAGAGAUCCUGUAGACUGUGAAUACAUAGAAACCGAAAGUUCAGAUACUGCACUGUUAACAGUAGCGUAUGUCAUGGCAGGAGUAUGUGGACUGUGUUUAUUACCUAUAUUUAUUCUGCUUGGGCAAGCAAGCUGUCGACGGAAGAAAGAGAACAGAUUGCUGGGAGGGAGUGAAUUUCAGUAAAGGCCACUAGAUAUAAUAAAUCAGUUUAGUGAUUAAAAAAUUAUUUUAAAAUUAUUAUAAGGUAUAUAUUUCUUUUAAGACCAUGGUAAUGGAUUUAUCCUAUCAUAGUUAACAAUAUUUGCUCUCUGUAUCAGUAUUAUGCAAGCUACAUAAAUUAUAUUGAUAAACACUUGCGACAGCACUUAUUGUUAAAUAAUAUUGUAUUUAUAUACUUAAUGAAAUCAUAGUACAAUAAUGUAAUAACCAAAUUGAUAUUAAAUUGUUAAUGCUGAUUAUUAAUUAGGUAAUUAAUUAGUCAAUCAAUUGAUUAAUUAGRGAAUAGAAAUAUAGAAAGUAGUUCUACGCAGCUGCCAUUAAUGUUGUCACACAACACUCACUCCCCUAAGAAGCUCCUAAUUUAGCUACUUAGGUGAGUUGUGUGAUGACGCUAAUAGCAGCUGCGUAGGAGACUAUAUAGAAAGCUGCAUAAUUUUCCUUUAUAUCUAACAUACAAAAAUACGGAACAAUGGUCGUAAUAAUAAACAAUAGGACCCCCAAAAUUGGUUUCAGUAGCUUUUGUUGAUAGGCUGUUUGUAGUAUGUCAGUAGGUUGUCAGUAUACUAGGUUAUCAACAGAUUUUCAGUAGGCUGUGUGCGGUUUUUAGGCAGAUAUUGAUUAUUAGCUUGAUGGCAGGUUAUGGGUUAUGCUGUUGGCCAACAACUUACCAACACCAAUUUGGUGAUUCUAUUUUUUACUAUUAUUGCAUGUAUCUAAAACACAAGGCUUCAUUCAUUUCAUUUGUGACCCAUAAAUAUACAGUCACACAAUUUGUAAAUUAAUUUUUUUGUAACAAAGUGGGAAAAUAAAAAAAAGAAAACA